UCAGCCGGGCGCGGGGUGGGGCCGGGCGCGGUAAUAGGACCGGGGCGGCCCGGGGGAAGCUCCCUACGGCGGCUGCUCGGGCACCGACUCGCACUCGCCGGCUGCAGGCCCAGGCUCUCGGCGGCGGAGCUAGGUGGAGCUAGGAUCCGGCUUCCAAAAUGUGGCGGCUCUUGGCCACCCUCAGCUGCCUGGUGGUGCUGACCAGUGCACGGAGCAGGCCCGGCCUGCAGCCCCUGUCCGAUGAGCUGGUCCACUAUCUGAAUAAGCGGAACUCUACAUGGAAGGCCGGACACAACUUCCGCAACGUGGACAUGAGCUACGUGAAGACUCUGUGUGGCACCAAACUGGGCGGGCCCAAGCUGCCCGAGAAAGUGUGGCUUGCUGAGGACAUAACUCUGCCUGAAAACUUCGACGCCCGGGAACAGUGGCCAAACUGCCCAACCAUCGGGGAGAUCAGAGACCAGGGUUCCUGUGGCUCCUGCUGGGCAUUUGGAGCUGUGGAAGCCAUUUCUGACCGGAUCUGCAUCCUUACCAAUGGGCAUGUCAACGUGGAGGUGUCUGCCGAGGACCUGCUCACCUGCUGUGGCUUCCAGUGUGGAGAAGGCUGUAAUGGGGGCUUUCCCUCUGGCGCUUGGAACUUCUGGACAAAAAAAGGCCUGGUGUCUGGUGGCCUCUAUGACUCCCACGUAGGUUGCAGACCCUACUCCAUCCCUCCCUGUGAGCACCACGUGAAUGGCACUCGGCCCUCAUGCUCAGGGGAAGGGGGGGAAACCCCUUCAUGCAGCAAGAUCUGUGAGCCAGGCUACACCCCAUCCUACAAAGAAGAUAAACACUACGGAUGCAAGUCGUACAGCGUCCCCAGUAGCGAGAAGGAGAUCAUGGCAGAGAUCUACAAGAAUGGCCCAGUGGAGGCAGCCUUCUCCGUGUAUUCAGACUUCCUGAUGUACAAGUCUGGCGUGUACCAGCAUGUCACUGGAGAAAUGGUGGGAGGCCACGCAGUCCGCAUUCUGGGCUGGGGGGUGGAGAAUGGCACCCCCUACUGGCUGGUCGGCAACUCCUGGAACACCGACUGGGGUGACAAUGGCUUCUUUAAGAUCCUCAGAGGACAGGAUCACUGUGGAAUUGAGUCGGAGAUCGUGGCUGGACUCCCCUGCACGGACCAGUACUGGAAAAGGAUCUAACCUGCUGUGGGCCCUUCCAGCCAGCCCCGGGGCAGUGGGGCUGGGGGUGAGAUGAGGGAUAGAAAUGUCUUAUUCUUUGAGUACAGAUGGGUUUUACACAGGGCCUGAAAGACUGGAUUGGGCCAAACCUUGUCUAUCAUGAGAGCAGUCUUCCAAGGAGACACUUUCAAGGCCUGGCUACCUCCCAGGCCACUCAGUGGACUGUUGUCACAAUGCAUUUAAACCACUGCUACAAGCAAAGCAAGUCCUUCCCCCUUAGACUAGUGCUGCUUGGCUCUUCCUGCAACCACCUCCACAUCCUUCAUCCUUCUCCAUCUGUGCAUCACCAGGGAGCAUGAUAGGCCUACAGGUUCCGAGUUUUUCCAAAGGAACGAAAGGUGGAUUUCCUAAUGGUAGCUUCCCACACAUCCCACCAUCAGCAGCACCACCGAGCAAGCAGCUUUCUAGAUUUGGAAAUACGUUGAGAAGAAACAGUGGGGCAGCCCUUUGAAAAAAGCCACUCUCCCGGUGCCCCUGCAUCUGUCGAGCUUUGCAGUGUUGCUAACCUGCUCUGAUCUUGGCAUGAUCCUUUUAAAAUAGAAGUUAUAUUUUUUUGGGUACCUCAGCUGAUCAUGAGCAUGUAGUCUAAUGUUGGAAGAGCUGUACUUCGUUUUCCCAACUGUCUCCUUAAAACAAACUGGGUGGUCUUGAUUUGACUGACUUACUGACCUCUUAACACAUAGAGAGAAACCAGCCUUUAUUGUUUAAAAAUCACUGCUGUGCCCUAUUAAAGAAAUACUGUGCCAAUAAAAGGUUUCUCCUUCAGUGCUGUUCUGGUGGGACCUCAAAGGUCAUUUGUCACUGUCUGUAGCUGCGUGGCUGCUGUUUAUCCUUAUCCCCCAGAAAGAAGCAUGGGCUUAUGGAUCUUUAAACCCCACCAGGGCUGUCAGUUGAGGAGAACAAAGUAAAUACUUCAUUUUAGCUUCUUUCCGCUCCAGCACCCUUUCAGACCACAGCUUCUGUCUUUUUAGUCCCUGUCACAGCCCAAGUCCUUCUGGAGGACCAGCUUUUCCCUGGCAUCACCCACUGCUGGAAUGGGGUGGAGGCAGAGCUUGGUGCGCUACCUAAAAACCAUAAGCUGUGAGGUACAUCAGUUCUUGAGGGGAACAGAGGAAACUUAAAGAAUCUAUACCCAUCCCCCUGGCCUAUCAGUAUCUUAUUUCCCUUCCCUAAAAUCAUGCCAAGUUUGACUUAUGAUGUGACUCCCAAGAAUCAGAGGCUCCUAAAAUAACAACUUAACAUCCAGAGAACACUGUAGGAAAAGCUAUAAAUUCAUAACAUUUUAUUAACAUUUAGAUCAGAAAUAUAUUCAUAGCCUCAAUUUAGUUAUUCUACCUACUCCCAAACUGAGUUGAAUAAUUCCAUUUUUACAUACUUUCUCCUACCUCCACAAAGUUCCCUACUCCAUCCUCAUCCCGGAAGCCAGGAGGGAUGUGCACAAUAAUGUAACAAGAUGAAUUGCAGGCCAUCUUCACACUUGGCUUAAGGAGUUUUUGUUAG